CAAUGCUGUGCGCGUCCUCCUCCAGCAGACACCGCUGUGUGCGCGCUCUGAGCCGGAAGCGGAAGCAGCCUCUGCAUCAGCAGCAGUGAUGAUGGCGUUGAGGGCUUCAGUUUUCAGAUGGGUUUCAGAGGACAUAAGCAGCACACACUACCUGACCAGCAGAUUCACUCUACAGACGCAGCAGAGGUCUGGCUUUCGCAAAGUAGCAAAGAGGGAGGAGCCAAAGAAGGGUGUGCCAGAAGAGGCGGAGCAAAAUGAAAUCCUCCACAAAAAGGGCGUGGCUCCUGCUCCAGACCCGCCCACCCCUCACAUACCCACCAGGUCAUUUGGCAGACUGGUCAAACCAUUGGUCUUCACUAUAGGGUUUACAGGUUGUUCGUUCGGCGGAGCGGCGAUAUGGCAAUACGAAAGUCUAAAAUCUAGAGUACAGGGUUACUUCGAUGAUGUUAAAGCAGAUUGGUUGGAGAAGAAACGGCCUCAGAAACAAGGCGAUUUGGGCAAGCAGGUGAGCCAGUGGUGGAACAGUUUAAGUGAUGGACAGAAAACAGUCACAGGCAUCAUUGCAGCGAACGCGUUGGUGUUUUGUUGUUGGAGAGUUCCUUCUCUGCAGCGCACCAUGCUCAAGUACUUCACAUCUGACCCCUCCUCCAAGGCGCUGUGUUGGCCCAUGCUGCUGUCCACGUUCAGUCACUAUUCUCUCUUUCACAUGGCGGCCAACAUGUACGUGCUCUGGAGUUUCUCUUCGAGCAUCGUCAACUUGAUGGGCAAAGAGCAGUUCAUGGCGCUCUACCUCUCCGCAGGUGUGAUUUCUACGUUUGUCAGUUAUAUGAGUAAAACGGCGAUGGGUCGGUUUGGUCCAUCACUGGGGGCAUCAGGGGCCAUUAUGACUGUCCUAGCAGCUGUUUGCACCAAAAUGCCUGAAGCCAAGCUGGCCAUCAUCUUCCUCCCCAUGUACACCUUCACCGCCGGAAACGCUCUUAAGGCCAUCGUUGCCUUGGAUACCACAGGCUUGAUUCUGGGAUGGCGUUUUUUCGAUCACGCAGCUCAUUUAGGAGGAGCUUUAUUCGGCAUCUGGUACAUAAUUUACGGUCACGAGCUCGUUUGGAAGAACAGAGAGCCGCUGGUGAAGUUGUGGCAUGACUUCAGAACAAGAGGACGGGGCGCUGGUGGCAACAGCUCGAAAUAGAACCAUGCAUUAUGGGUAGACGCUGAGCAGGUGACAUGGAGAACAAAAACAAGAUUGAGAAAUGGAUGCGGA